UCCAGGCUGGACCUAUCACGAGCGCUUAUUUCAGCCGGUCACGUGUAAGGGGCGAGACUUCCGGUUUGUUCACUCGCGUAGCUUCACGGCCUCUCGUAUUGAAGGACACCGGUUCAGUGCGGGAACAGGUUCAAUCUGCAAGUUCAGCAUCAUGGCUGGUCACGACUCCGGCACACAUCACCAGUUCACCGGCAUCGCCAAGUACUUCAACUCCUACACCAUCACAGGAAGGAGGAAUUGUGUCUUGGCCACAUAUGCCAGCAUCGCUGCCAUUAUCCUGUUCUUCAAACUGAAGCCCAAGAAGGAGAAGGCUGUAACGGCGAGCUAAUGUUUUCUAAAGGUUUUGUGCUUUUUGCUGUACAGGAUGAAGAUUCAGUAACCAGUUGUCUCGAGUCACAAUGUUAAAAAAUAAAACUUAUUCCAAACUCCAAAACACUGAAAA